AACUACAAACAAACACAAGAGGUGGCGGGAAUUAAACCCCAAACGACCCACACGCGAGUGUACUCCACGCUCCAAAUCCUUCACUUCACAAUUCACAAUGCACAUUACUCUCUCUCUCUCCAAAGUGUUUCAACAAAACCCUCUCUAUCCUUCUCUCUCCCAUUGAAAGUAACAAACAAAGAUGAAAGAUUCAACAGAAACAGAUGCUAUCAGCGGUUCCCUGAACCUCCUGAGUACUCUUCUCGACUCGGAGCUCCCGAGCGUGAGAAACUUCAAAGGAAAAUGGUCACUCGCCCGAGUCAAACUCACCCAACUCCAAACCCACCUCACCGAUUUCUCCGCCGAGUUCCCAAACGCCUCCACAUCGAACCCCCUCUCCUUCCACCUCCUCCACUCAAUCUCCCAAACCCUCAACGACGCCGUUUCGCUCUCCAAAACAUGCCAACCCGAAACCCUCCCAAACGGAAAACUCAAAACCCAAAGCGACCUGAAUUCCCUCCUCGCCACCCUCGACCGCCACGUCAGCGACUGCGACAUCCUCUUCCGCAGCGGCCUUCUCCUCGAAAAUAGCGUCUCCGUUUCCGUCUCUAAACGCGAAGCCAUCCGCUCCGAAUCGCGUAGCCUAAUAACCCGUCUCCAAAUCGGGUCACCCGAAUCCAAAGCCUCCGCGAUGGACUCCUUAUUGGGGCUUCUCCAAGAAGACGACAAAAACGUGACCAUCGCGGUGGCGCAGGGAGUCGUUCCCGUGCUCGUGCGUCUACUCGAUUCCUCCCCAUCCGAAACGAAAGAGAAAACCGUCGCCACCAUCUCAAAAAUCUCCACCGUGGAAAGCGCGAAAAGCGUUCUUCUCGCUGAGGGUUUACUCCUUCUGAACCACUUGCUUAGGGUUUUGGAUUCUGGAAGUGGCUUCGCUAUUGAGAAAGCAUGCAUCGCGCUUCGGGCGUUGAGUUUGACGAAGGAGAACGCUAGGGCGAUUGGCUCGCGCGGCGGAAUCUCGUCGCUGCUCGAGAUCUGCCAGGCUGGCACCCCCGGCGCACAGGCUUCCGCCGCCGCUGUGCUGCGAAACCUCGCCGCUUUUGAGGAAAUUAGGGUUAAUUUUGUUGAGGAGAACGCGGUGGUGGUUCUGAUUGCCUUGGCUUCCUCCGGGACAGCGGUGGCGCGUGAGAAUGCGGUCGGCUGUUUGUCGAAUUUGACUAAUUCGGGUUCGUCGGAGGAGGCCGAUGGUUUGUUGAAUUUGAGGGUUAUGGUGGUGAAAGAAGGUGGAGUUGAGUGUUUGAAGAAUUACUGGGAUUCAGGGAAUCAAAUUCAGAGUCUUGAAGUGGCUGUGGAGAUGCUGCGUCAUUUGGCUGAAAGUGGUCCAAUUGGUGAGGUUCUUGUGGGUGAAGGUUUUGUUCAGAGGCUUGUUGGGGUGCUGAAUUGUGAGGUUCUGGCUGUUCGGAUUGCAGCGGCGAGGGCGGUUUACGCCUUAGGAUUGAACAGCGGGAGGGCGAGGAAGGAGAUGGGGGAAUUGGGGUGUGUUCUGGGUUUGAUUAAAAUGUUAGAUGGGAAAGGUGUGGAAGAGAAAGAAGCUUCUGCGAUGGCAUUGUCAGUGCUGCUGAUGCACCCGGCGAAUCGAAGAAUUUUCCGCAAGGACGAAAGAGGAGUUGUGAGUGCUGUUCAUUUGUUGAACCCUUCGUUGCAGGGGUUGGAUAAGAAGUACCCUGUUUCGUUACUCGCUUUGCUUGUUCAUUCCAAGAGUUGCAGGAAGCAAAUGGUGGCUGCUGGAGCUUGUGUACAUACGCAGAAGCUUGUGGAAAUGGAUGUUCCCGGGUCCAAGAAACUCUUGGAGAGUCUUGGCCGUGGUAAGAUUUGGGGUGUUUUUGCUAGACCCUAGAGAUGAUGAUCUUGGAUUUCUGUAACAUGAAAACCAUGAUUAUUCAUUGAUCUGUAUGCAUGAUAGGCGUGUUCAGGUUUUUUGUCUUCUUCUUUUUCUCUUGUAAUUAUUGAUUAAUAAUUGGUGUUUGUAUGUAGAGAGGUACGUUUUUUUUUUCCCUAAUGAUUUUAUCUGAGGACUUGUGUUUAUGUUUAGGAACAAUGAUAUAAAGUAGUACAUGAUUUUGCGAUCGGUGGUAGAGUACGACCUAUCCACUUAGCUAAGUUUUGUUGCAUAUAGCGUAGGGAUAGUACAUAGUUGAUUGCUGAAAUACUUUGAAUAGUAAUGCUUUUACUUGUAAUCAAUGAGGUUGAGUAUGUUCAGAUUGAAAUGUGAUUUUCAA